AUGGUCCGUCAAAAGCAAGUGGCGAGGAAGAGACCAACUGGUAGUCAAGGAUCUUCUGGGUUUACUACAAAGUUUGGACCUGUUAAGAAUAGGAUCGCAGCUAAACAAGCACCAACUCUUGUUUUAAAGACCAAGAAACGGAAAAGUAGUAAGUUUAUUCUUUGAAUUUUAGGUAACACAAUAAAAAUCUGGGGAAAGCUUAUAGAUUUUAAACUAAUUUAAAUCGUAAAUAUAGUUUGAAGUGUUGCGCAGCUUUUGAUAGUUAUUUUGAAGUGUUUGAAGUAUAAUAAGUCGAAGAAAAUUUAAUUUUAGUUGUUGUAGGUAUCGAAAAAUAGAAAAUUAAUGUUAUGAUCAAUUUUUUAAAACGAAAUGAAUAUUUUAGGGCACAACUUGGUACUACGGGAAAUCAGACGUCUACAGAACUCAACGAAUCUUUUGGUUCCAAGAGCUGCGUUUUUAAGAGUUGUUCGACGUGUAACAGCAACGAUCAAGUCCGAAAUGAAGUAUAAAGUCGAGGCUAUAUUCGCUCUACAAGUAAGUUACUUAUCCUUUUUUUUUGUUUUUAGAAGAGCAAGAUUUGGGUUUUAAGAGCAAUAUUUGGGUUAAAAUAGCAAGAUCUGCGUUAUAAGAGCAAUUUUUAUGUAAAGAAUGCUUAAAAUUUAAGGUUUUCAUUAACUUAUAUCUAAAAUAAGAUUGAUUUAUAUUUUAAGCGAAGUUAUACCUAAGUAUUGCAGGAAGCAACGGAAGCUUUCAUAGUUCAACUUCUGGAGGACGCAAAUCUCUUGGCCCACCAUUCUCGUCGAGUUACACUGAUGAAAAGGGACAUUAUGUUGGCCAAAAGGAUCCGUGGGCUCAGUAAAUUUGGGGAAUACUAG